AUGAAACAGAGUGAUUUCCUGCUGGAUCUGUACUCACAUGUGAAGGACUAUGAGACUCAAACAGGCAGGAGUGUCCUUCCAGCAUUACAGCCAGUUUACCAGUCCGCUCCUGCAGUCUGGUCCAUAGACCUCUCAGAGAGAAAGGCCUCCCUCCUCCUAGAAGUGCUGAAACUCCAACCAGAGAAGAAACCAGUAGAGCUGAAGGGCUGGUCAGAUGAAGAGAGUGAAGUGAGGAGUUUCCUUCAGUGUCUGUCCUACAUCUCACAGCUGAGUUUCUAUCCAGUCUGGUCUGAUUCGUCAGAGCUUAUCAAGUUCCUGGUGGAUCUCCUGUCUCAAGCAGCAGAGUGGGAGGAGCAGACAGGAGAGAAGACACUAAAGCUGGUAUCAUCAGUGUGGACUUACAGCACCUUUCCCUUCUGUGAUGAUGAUGAUGACAGUAAGGAAUAUCAAUGUGAAAUCCUGCUGGAUCUGUACUCACAUGUGAAGGACUAUGAGACUCAAACAGGCAGGAGUGUCCUUCCAGCAUUACAGCCAGUUUACCAGUCCGCUCCUGCAGUCUGGUCCAUAGACCUCUCAGAGAGAAAGGCCUCCCUCCUCCUAGAAGUGUUGAAACUCCAACCAGAGAAGAAACCAGUAGAGCUGAAGGGCUGGUCAGAUGAAGAGAGUGAAGUGAGGAGUUUCCUUCAGUGUCUGUCCUACAUCUCACAGCUGAGUUUCUAUACAGACUGGUCUGAUUCCUCAAAGCUGAUCAAGUUCCUGGUGGAUCUCCUGUCUCAAGCAGCAGAGUGGGAGGAGCAGACAGGAGAGAAGACACUAAAGCUGGUAUCAUCAGUGUGGACUUACAGCACCUUUCCCUUCUGUGAUGAUGAUGAUGACAGUAAGGAAUAUCAAUGUGAAAUCCUGCUGGAUCUGUACUCACAUGUGAAGGACUAUGAGACUCAAACAGGCAGGAGUUUCCUUCCAGCUUUACAGCCAGUUUACCAGUCAGCUCCUGCAGUCUGGUCCAUAGACCUCUCAGAGAGAAAGGCCUCCCUCCUCCUAGAAGUGCUGAAACUCCAACCAGAGAAGAAACCAGUAGAGCUGAAGGACUGGUCAGAUGAAGAGAGUGAAGUGAGGAGUUUCCUUCAGUGUCUGCCCUACAUCUCACAGCUGAGGUGAGUCUGAACAUGUGGUGGUUAGUGAUCAUGUGAUGCUAGUGGCUAUUAUCUUGUAGAAACAUUUGACAUAUUAAACUUCAAGUGUUGGUAAACCUUGUAGCAGUAUUGUUAGAGAGGGGUAAAGGUAGAGAUUUGUUGGGACGUCAGACAGGUAUUAACCCUGCAGAAAGGAAAAGAAUAGGAUAGAGAGAGACCCACUACCAGACACACACACAUCAGCAGAAGAGACUGUCUAGAGUGUAGCCUGUUAGCCAGAUAGCCAGUGGAGAGAAAAGAUAAGACACAUCAUAUAAAACACCCAUCACAGCACAGGGGGAACCCCAGCAA